GUACAGACGACAAGUGAGUGAACAAUUAUUACGCAGUUUGGAAAUAUGAUUAUUUAUACUACAUGUACAAUAUAUGAGGAGUUUUUUUUUGCAUUGUAAAAUCUUGUAACAGUUGAAUGCAAUUAUCCAGACGCUCCAGGUCCUGGUUCAAGCAUGGGAGAUAGUCAUACACGUGUAUCAUACAGACGAAAUCCUAAUUUCUUUGAGAGAAUUGGUAACAGUUUAGUUGGAAUAUUAGUGGGUAUAGCCUUACUGGUGGUGGCUUCAGGUUUGCUGUUUUGGAAUGAGGGAAGGGCUGUGCAAACAGCAAAAUCAUUAGACGAAGGGUUAAGCAUAGUUGUUUCCUUGGAAAAUAUAGAUGUACCAUUUGAUCAAAAUAAUGGAAAACUUGUUCACUUAGUUGGUCCUUUAAAAACCGAAAAGAGUCUUUUAGAUCCUACCUAUAAUAUAAGAGUAAAUGCUGUCAAGUUGAGAAGAACAGUUGAAAUGUACCAAUGGGUGGAACAUGAAUCUAAGAGAGAAUACAAUGAGGGAGGACAAACCAGAGUUGAAAAAACAUAUUCCUAUACACAAGAAUGGAGAUCAGAAAUAAUAAGAAGUCAGUCUUUUGAUAACAUGGUUGGACAUAAUAACCCAACGUCAAUGCCAGUAACUUCCCAAAUGCAAACAGCAGAUGUUGUUCAUGUUGGUGGUUUUGAGUUGUCAGGAGGUUUGAUAGGUAAAAUAACAGAUUUCAAGAAGAUAAACCCUAGUGCUAUGUCACCUCCAUCAGAUCCUAAGAUACAAAUGUUGGAAGGAGUUUAUUAUCAUAGCCAUUACCCUUUACAACCACAGAUUGGUGACUUGAGGGUGACAUUUGAAUAUGCUGGGAUAAGUGGAGAAUCUUUGCUGGGACAGCCUGAUACUGUCAGCAUUAUAGCAAGACAGAUACGUCAUAGACUGUUGCCCUUCCAGACUGUAGCUGGAGAUGUCCUAGAAAUGUUAUAUACUGGAAGACUGUCUCCAAAGGAGAUAUUUGGUAAAGAACAACAACAAAAUACAUUUAUAACCUGGGGUGUCAGACUUGGUGGCUGGUUACUGAUGUUUGUAGGAUUUGGUUGUCUUACCAGUAUCAUCACUACAUUAGUGGACUGGCUACCUAUCAUCAGAGAACUGGUAGCUGCAGGUGUAGGAAUAAUGAAUCUAGCGUUUUCAAUCAGCUUGUCUUUGACCGUCAUUGCCAUUGGAUGGAUUACAUACAGACCCCUGUUAGGGAUGGCGCUAUUGGCCAUGGCUGCCACACCUUUUAUAAUGUCAAAAUUUCGGUCAAAUAGAAUGGAUAGCAGAAGAAAUGUGUAAUUACUGCUGUAAAACUUGAUCAUAAUAAUAGAUGUAUUUAAUUUUGCUACUGUUUAAGAGGUUUUAUAUUUGAAGGGUUUUGUAAUAGAAUGAAGACAGUAACCUUGUUAAGCUGUUUUUGGAAUGGUUUCUUCUCUGGUUUAUAUUCCUAUUUUAUAAGAGUUAGUCUUUGACAUGCAUUUGACAUCUGAUUUGGAUUUUAGUUUAUUUAAAUUGGAAAAAU